AUGCACGGCAAGGUUGCUUUGGAGGAAGCAUUCGCCCUCCCUCGGCUAGCCGAGAAGACUCGCUGGUGGGCAGGUCUCUUUGCGGUGAACCCAGACAAACACGCAAAAGAAAUGAACGACAUUGGGCAGAUCCGGGUCGACUAUAUGGAUAAAUAUGGUGUUGGAUACAAGGUUCUCUCUUACACGGCACCGGGAGUGCAGGACAUUUAUGAUCCCAAAGAGGCGCAGGCACUAGCCGUCGAGAUCAACGACUAUAUCGCCUCCACAAUCAAAAACAAACCAGACCGAUUUGGGGCCUUUGCGGAGUACGGGUUUAAAGGAGCGCUAGUCAACGACACUCAGCGGGCCGGCCCUAAUGGCGAAGAUAUGAUCUUCUACGACGGCUCUACUUGGGACAUUUUCUGGUCGACUUUAUCCGAAUUAGACGUGCCAUUAUACCUACACCCUCGCAACCCUACCGGUAGGCUAUACGAGCAACUUUGGGCCGAUAGGAAACGGCUUAUAGGCCCUCCUCUUAGCUUUGCUCAGUGUGUUAGCCUGCACCUUUUAGGAAUGGUCACUAAUGGCAUCUUCGAUCGGCAUAUGGAGCUGAAAAUCAUCAUCGGCCAUCUAGGCGGGCACAUCCCUUUUGACCUCUGGCGAAUAAAUCAUUGGUUCGAGGAUGUCACGAAGCCGCUCGGCUUAGGCUGCAAAAAGACUAUCCGCGAUUAUUUCGCUUAG